AUGGGUAAAAGUGUAACAGAUCUGACAGCUCGAAGGGAUUUAGGUUCAUAUAUAAGUGCAUGUUUACCAAAGUAUGUUCAGAAAAUUCAAGCUGCUUGUGGCGAUGAACCUGAAGUAUUAAUCUGUCCAGAUGGAAUUAUCCCAACAUUACAGUUCUUAAAAUGUCAUCAUAAUACUCAAUAUACUGUGUUAACAGAUUUGACUGCAAUAGAUGUUCCUUCUCGUCCAUAUAGGUUCGAGGUUAUCUACAGUCUUCUUUCCUUGGUAUAUAAUUUACGUAUUAGGGUGAAAACAUAUACAGAUGAAUUAACUCCUUUACCAUUAAUAGAAGGAAUUUAUGAUGCUGCUAACUGAUAUGAGCGAGAAGUAUGGGACAUGUUUGGUGUAGUGUUCAAAGAUCAUUCAGAUCUUCGUAGGAUUCUUUCAAAUUACGGUCUUGAAGGUCAUCCAUUAAGAAAUUUUCCUCUCAGUGGUUUUGUUGAGGUACGUUAUGACGAUGAAUUAAUAAGAGUUGUAUGUAAACCACUAGAAUUAACACAGGAAUUUCGAAAAUUUGAAUUAUCUGCACCAUGGAAACAGUUUCCUAAUUUCAGAGAUUCUCCUCCUAUUGAAACUAAGGAAACUGACUCUUCUAAGGCAAGAAAUAAAUUAUACCGUUAUAGUAUGUUAUAA